UAUUUCUUCUUUACUUCUCUCAACUUUUUUUCUUUCUCUUGUUUCUCAACUGAAAUCUUAGUUGUGGAUUGAAUUUUUGAGCUCAGAUUGCUGAUUUCCCCUUUUUGAUUCAAUUGGUAUUCACUUUUCGAUCUUUUCCUUCUUUUUUUAGUUGCUUUUGCUUGAAAAUAUUCAGAUCUUGUCUUGCUUUCGACUGCUUCUACGCCAUUUCAUGAUUUUGGCUGGUUAGACCUAGAUUUUCCCUCAUUUCCAUGCAUUUUCUACUUCGAAUGAAGUCGAUGGGUUUAAAAUUUUGUGUAUCAAAGGGAGACAGAACGAGUUUUUCUUUCUCCUAAGGGCUGCCUUGUUGGCUAGGAUUCCGGCGUCAUAAUCGCCUAGAGGUUGCUUGUUUGAAUCUGCGGUUACAUAGGGCGUCUUAGGCCACAUUUCUUCAGAAUUUUGAAAGGAAACUAUUGUUCUUGGAGUAUUGAAGUAACAGAGACAUUUUGGUGACGAAAGAAGAGAGUCUGUAAUAAGUUUUAGAUCAUUUUUCUUUUCACAAAAGUGUCCUGUUAUUGCUCUGGGGUGAAUCUUGUGCUAGAAAUAUAACCUUCAAUGCAAGAAGCUUCAAGAAAGAAGGUUUCAGAUCAAUCUCACAGGUUCUAUGGACAGCCACAGCAAGAACCUGGAUCCUAUUACUGGCCUCCUAUCAACCAAAAUCACUUACCAUCUGAGGCUUUCAACCCAUAUUGCAACCUUGAGUCGUCCUUGGGAACUAGCAGUUACCCACCUCAAAAUUCUUCUUCUACUGUUAGCUUCACAUCUAAUGGAAGCCCUUCACACCAAGAGUGCCAUUCAUACCCGUUAGAACCGUAUUAUUCUCCUGACAACAACCGUGGCUCGCCUGUCAGUAGAUCUUGCUUAACAGAUGAUGCUGAUGAUGACUUGAGGCACAAGAUCAGGGAAUUGGAGAUUGCAAUCCUUGGACCAGAUUCAGAGAUGUUUGAUGUCUAUUCUGUCUCUAAUCCAGUCAAUCCUGUGUUAUCUGAGCUAGAAGCAGGGUGGAAAGAUGUGGCUGAGAUAAUCUCUAGAAGGGAUUUGAAAGAGAUGCUUUGUGCUUGUGCUCGAGCAAUAGGAGAAAAUGAUAUGUUGGCUGGAGAAUGGUUGAUAUCUGAGUUACGUGGAAUGGUCUCGGUUUCGGGUGAGCCAAUCCAACGUUUAGGAGCUUACUUGUUAGAGGCACUUGUUGCAAGGACAGCUUCUUCAGGUAGUACUAUCUACAAGGCACUAAGAUGUAAAGAGCCUAUAGGCUCUGAAUUGCUCUCAUACAUGAACAUUCUCUACGAAGUUUGCCCUUAUUUCAAGUUCGGGUACCUAUCAGCAAAUGGGGCAAUUGCUGAAGCCAUAAAAGGUGAAAAUAGAGUUCACAUAAUUGAUUUCCAGAUAGGUCAGGGAAAUCAGUGGAUGACAUUGAUGCAAGCUCUUGCGAAUCGGCCUGGAGGGCCCCCAAAGAUUACUAUCACAGGGAUAGAUGAUUCUACUUCAGCAUUUUCUCGAGGAGGGGGCGUCGAGAUUGUAGCGAAAAGGUUGUCGAAUUUGGCAGAGUCAUUGAUGGUACCCUUUGAGUUCCAUGGAAUUGCAGGCUCUGCUUCCGAAAUUCAACUAGAAGAUCUAAAAGUUCAACCAGGUGAGGCCAUUGCUGUGAAUUUUGCCUUGGUGCUGCACCAUAUGACAGAUGAAAGUGUCGGCAGUCCGAAUCAUCGGGAUCGAAUCCUGCGACUCGUCAAGAGCUUAUCUCCAAAAGUUGUGACCGUUGUCGAGCAAGAGUCGAACAACAAUACAGCUCCCUUUUUUCCCCGUUUUCUCCAAACAUUGAACUAUUAUACUGCCAUUUUCGAGUCCAUAGAUAUGACUCUUCCAAGAGAGCACAAGGAGCGGAUCAAUGUCGAGCAGCACUGUUUAGCUCGGGACAUCGUUAAUAUAGUGGCAUGUGAGGGAGCCGAAAGAGUCGAACGUCAUGAACUUCUUGGAAAGUGGAGAUCAAGGUUCCUCAUGGCAGGGUUUGAGCCACACCCUUUAAGCCCUUUUGUCAACGCUACAAUUGAAGCACUGCUAAAGAACUACUGUGACAAGUACACGCUAGAAGAAAGGGAUGGAGCCCUAUAUCUUGGCUGGUUGAAUCAAAAUCUGGUUACCUCUAGUGCUUGGAUAUGACACCUUCUUAGUUGUAAAAUGUAAGUUUCCACUUCAACCUAUGAAGAUAAGCAAUAUUGAUGAUCUUUUCUAUGAGUU